AAAAACAGAGUGUUGUUUCAUAACAGGACUGCAGUCAGUGCAGCUUCACCUCCGACACUCUGCGCCGCAUCUCCCCACAAAUGGCAGGUCUGAAGAAAGUCUGCAUCGUGGGCUCCGGGAACUGGGGCUCUGCCAUUGCCAAGAUCGUUGGUGCCAAUGUUGCUCACAAUCCCAAAUUUGACAACACAGUAAAAAUGUGGGUUUUUGAGGAGAUUGUGAAUGGGCGCAAGCUGACCGAAAUAAUCAACACCAGCCAUGAAAAUGUGAAGUACCUUCCUGGACACAAGCUGCCAACUAAUGUGCUGGCGGUGCCGGACCUGGUGGAAGCAUCCAGCGAUGCAGAUAUUUUGGUGUUUGUGAUCCCGCACCAGUUUAUCGGCAAAGUGUGUGACACAAUAAAGGGCAAGAUUAAAAGUGAUGCGCUCGGAAUAUCUCUCAUUAAGGGCGUAGACGAGGGGCCUGAUGGAUUGAAACUCAUCUCUGAUGUAAUCCAGGAGAAGCUCGGUAUCACAAUGAGCGUUCUGAUGGGAGCCAACAUUGCCAAUGAGGUUGCUGAUGAGAAGUUCUGUGAGACUACUAUUGGCUGUAAGAAUAAAAACCACGGGACUCUCCUAAAGGAGCUCAUGCAGACCAACAACUUCAGAGUGACUGUAGUUGAGGAGUACGAUGUGGUGGAAAUCUGUGGAGCCCUGAAGAACAUUGUUGCGGUGGGCGCAGGUUUCUGCGACGGUCUGGGCUUCGGGGACAACACGAAGGCAGCGGUGAUCAGGCUGGGCCUGAUGGAGAUGAUUGCUUUCGCAAGGAUUUUCUGCAAAGUUGGGCCCGUUUCCUCGGCGACCUUCCUGGAGAGCUGCGGUGUGGCCGACCUCAUCACAACAUGCUACGGCGGCCGCAACCGCAGAGUAGCUGAAGCUUUCGUGAAGACAGGGAAAUCCAUCGAGGAACUGGAGAAAGAGAUGCUGAAUGGGCAGAAGCUGCAGGGACCAGCAACAGCAGCUGAGGUUUAUCUCAUUCUCAAGCACAAAAACCUGGUUGAAAAGUUCCCUCUGUUCAACGCGGUGUAUCAGAUCUGCUUCCAGGGCCAUCCUGUCUCAGAGUUCAUCAGCUGCCUGCAGAACCACCCGGAGCACAUGUGAUGAGGUAAAACUGGCAGAGUGCCUUCUCAACGGGAACACGACCACUUUUCUCCACUCAGAGAAUCCAUGUUGAAAGUGUUAAAGGUCCAUUUCAGACAUAUCAUUUAGGGAUUUAAUCCCAUUUCUGGAUGUGCAGUGAAACUUGAAGGAUAACUUGUUUUGUCCCCACAUGGUGGUCAGACAACUGUUUUUAUUUUUUUAUGCCUGAUCUUAAUCAGAAUUUAUGACGUCCAUUUUUAAAAAUCACAACAAUUAGAAUGAAAUCCACGCUUUGUUGAACAUCUCACAAAAUGUGACUAUCAGUGUUUAUAUGCUAUUACAUAACGAAUCAGCUCUGUUAUUAACAAUUUUUUAAAAAUAGUUUUAUCAUUAAAGCAUUAAUAUUUCCGUCCAGUCAACCACCAUGAGUUAUUGGAUUAUAUGUGUAAUAAGUUUUUUUUUUAUAAUUCUAACAUUACCCUUAUGUACUAUAAAUGGAUGAUGCUUUUAACUUCUAAAACUAAUGUGCCUUAUACUGCAGGGUUGGCCUUUUUUACUGACAUAUAAAAAGGUGAAAUACAAACUCCUUGCAGUUUUUCAAGAGAAACUUCUGGUUUAAAACAGAAGAUGAAACAUUUUCAGUAAUUUGGGUAAAUUACUCUUUAAGUCAGCCAAUUUUCUGUUUAUCAGAAGCCAAAUUUAAAGAUUUAAGAUUUCUUAAAGAGUAAGUACUUUUGGGAAACUGUAAGGAUCUGGUAUUAGUUGCUGCUCUAUGGCUUUAGAUUCAUAAUGAGGUAUAUUUUAAAUAUACAUAAUACAUAAUGAGGGAUGUUUUAAAAGAGCUGUAUUGUCUGUUUAAAAUCCAUCCACUAUGCCAUUUGUUACUGUGAUCCUGCCUGAACUAGUUUGUACUUGCAAUGUGUUAAAGAAAUAUCUUUAUUUGUCUGAAUAAAUCACUCCUGGUGUCAAA